AUGCGCUUCACGUACGCCUCGUCCUGUUACCUGGUGCAGCUCUGGGCACGGUUCGGCAACCCAGUCGUGGCAGUCGACCGCUGGCGGUGGUCAGAGAGUGGUGGCGAGGAGGGUCACGGGAAGGGGGAGCAGUGGGUGCCGACCGUGGAGGAGGCGUGCGCCGAGUACCACCGUGUCACUGUCGGUGUUCUGCAGCUGCGGCGACAGCAGUUGCUGGACGUUGUUCAGCUACAGCAGCAGCGCCCGGUGGGCGAGUCGUCGGCUGCGCCGUCGCCUGCAGCGCGCGCCACGCGUGGGGACAGAAAGAGGUGGACCGGGGUCACGGUCGACGAAGGCAGCAGCGCUGUCGCCGAGUGUACUUCAACGACGGCGGCCCUACGUCAGGUGCCUCCUUUUGUGGCCUCCUUUGACCGCUAUGCCCUUCUGCAGCACACGGCAGCCGCAGUACUGACAGAUGACCCCAGCGCAGCUCCUGCACCACUGCGGCGGGUGUGCAGCUCUGCUACACUUAAGGAAGGUGGACCCUCAAUGUCGCUGCUGCCGUCACAGCCGUCGCCGCCGCCAAUACCGCCAUCGUCGGACGGAUCUUCCGCCACUCUCGCUGCUACCGUGUCUGGUGACUCGGGGGCACUUGCAUUGGAUGUCCCCCUUGCACCACCGUUGGCGGGACCCACAGUCACGGCCCAGGAGCGACUCACGGCGCAGGUGACGCCAAACUCCUGGUUCGCGCACGACGCUGAAGUGCACCGACGCUCCUGCCUGGCACAACUCCUGCGGCAAGAGCAGCAGAUGAAUGUGCCAUAUCAACUGGCGGCCAACCGCUACCUCGCCUUGGCAGCGAGUACCGCACUGGCGCUGCAGCGCGCUGUGUUUGCUUUUUACAGCCGCGACGAUGAAGCCGACUUGGCGGAGGCGCCGGCGCGGAAGAACGAGGUGGACACGAGGGACUCGACUGACCGCGCUGCCCUCAGGGAGGCGACUGUAUCUCCUGGUAGCAGCUCUCUCGCUCUACACCCGCCGGGUCGUCCACCUCGGAGCGCCUUCACAGUGCAGCUGCAGCCGCUGCCAAGUGUGGACCCGGCUGCGUGGCGGACAGCCGAGGUCACGGUGCGCAAAGCAGCGGCGGAGGUGCUCGGGACAGUGAACUCGGCCUCCCCAGCUGCUGGUGUGGCGUCGCCUUCGCGGCAUCCGUCUCGGCCCGCUGCGACAGCGGUGGGAUCGCAGAAGCGUGCGCGCAGUGCGACCACGGCGCACGUCGCUACGAGCGGCAGACGCAGAGGCCGCGUAGCGGUAACCAAGAGCGUGGAAGAGGGUGUUGCAGCCGACGUGCUAGCGCAGCGCAAGGGCAACGGCGACAGCGACGACGAGGUUGCCGGCAGUGAGGUGCCCGCGCCUUCCGAAACUGGUAGUGAGUUCAGCAACGACGAGCAAGACCACGAGGGCAGCGUCGCAGGUGAGGACGCUGACGAGCGCGUGAAGAUAGAAUUCAUGGGAGAACAGCGGCAGCGACACCCCACGCGGUCUUCUCCAAGAUCAACUUCAUCGCGGCUGCGCCUCUCGGUUGACACUGGGACGGCCCAUAGUCAAGCAUCACACCUUCCAGCAGAUGCCACAUACGCAGCACUGCAGACAUACAUCACGGACGUACUACCCUUCCGCUGUGCUCGGCUGCGCGGCGUGGUGCAGGCCGGCUGGCUUCUUCCCGCGCCUCCCGCACUGCCGCAUACCCUCACUGACCCCGUUGAGGAGGAGGAGGUGGACGCCAUCGAUGCGCAGACACGAGGGAACACCACAGCAGAGAAUGGGCCGACGUCCGCCUUCCCAUUAUUGUCAUCCUCGCCACAGCCAGAGCAGGGACCCGUGACCGGCAACACGGCGGCGGUAGCACAUUCCCUAAACUCAGCACUGCUUGCCCCCAUCUUAACAGAGGAGGAGUAUCAGCAACUGCGGAAGGUGAACACGGCGAGUGUCUGCAACCGGGUCGUUAGCCACACUGAUGAAGCUGUCCUUCUCUCCCUGCCGUCCACUGUAUCGCGCCUGCAUCGUGAGGUGGAGCAGGAGCUGGAGCGGUACCUAUACGAGGACACGUCAGCGCUGAUGGAAGUGAACCCGGUCGCACAGUCGCUCGUCGGUGCCAUUCGUGUGGCCUACACACAGAACAAGCUGCUGCAUCGCAUCGCAGCGCGACUCGAGCACGUUCUGGACGGGCUGAAGAAGGUCAGCGAAGAAUGUGAGGAGGAGGCGCAGGCGGUGUCGAGCAGGCCUUAA